GUCCUUUGUUCCAUCGACAGAGCGUCCCCAUGGUCGGCCGCGCCGUGGCGCUGCACUUGGUCAAGAUGUGGCACACGUUUGGGAGCUACAUAGCGUCACACUUCUACGCGCUGAAGAUGCGCCCUGUGUCGGGCUUCGACCCGGCUGGGUUCAUGUUCAUGCUCGCGUUUGGGUGUCUGGUCGUAGGGCUCCUCCUCGCCGUCUUCGACAAGCGCAGCCAGCGGCGGCUGUCGACCUAUAUCGACGACAAAAGACUGAAUCGAAUCACGACGGUUGGAAGAUAUGUUGCGUCCACCGCCAUCGACCACUCGGCGCGCCAGGGCUUCAUCGCCGAGAUGCUCAGCUUCAACUACCUCUCGCGGCUGUCGUUCUCCAUCUUUGUGUUUGGGAUUGCGUCCUACUUCAACGCACUGGCGGCCGUGAUAGCAGGAUGGCGCACCCCGAACGUCGUGAUCUUGACCAUGUCGAAAGAAGACAGCGGAGAAAAGACCCUUCCCGACCUCGGCCACGAUCUUUUCAAGUUUGUCAUGACCAUGCUGUACGGGGACACAGACUACAUCGACUGGUUCGACCUUCCCGACGAAUUCAUUGCGUUUGUGGGAUCUAUUAUCGCGAUCCUCUUCAUCGUCCAUCCGCGGCGCCUCCUCAUUCUGCGCCGCUUCACCAUGAUCUACGCCUGGAUUAACUUCCUCCGGGCGUUCUGUGUCGCCGUCACGUCGCUUCCGGACGCGAGCCCCAUGUGCAUUUCGCAGUUUGACACGCACAAAGGUCGCUACAAGUCUCUCCCUAUCUUCCCCAAAGCAUUCCACCGAGCGUUCAAGGUCCUCAUUCGACCGUCGCAUCACAUCACGUGCGGAGACAUGAUCUUCAGCGGCCACACCGUCUUUCUCGUCCUCUGCGCGCUCAUGGUCACGACGUAUUGCGCCAAGGCCGAGCUCAACACACCCUUCACGCGAGCGUACCCGUGGGUAUUAACACUGGUCAAGACGGCAACAGUCAUCGGGUCCACCCUCGGAGCGUUUGCAAUCAUCGGGACGAGGCUGCACUACACGCUCGACGUCCUCAUCGCCAUCUACGUAACGAUCCAGACGUGGUACACAUACCACUGGCUCGUCGAGGACAACAAGUGGGGCAUUCGAGUCAUCACGUGGCUCGAGCACGAUCAAGGCGUCGUCACCAUCGACCACAAUGCAUAUCGCAUGGCUCGGCGGAGUGGCAGCUUCAAUUCGCUCAAACAGGAGUAAUAGUAACGCUUUGCAGGUCGACACAGCAGCACCCUCGUCAGCCCGGUGAUCCGGAGCGAUCCCAAUGGAUUGCACUGGAAGGCAAGGAGUCCGUGAUCCAGCUUGGACCACAUCUUCCUUCCAUUAGCCACGUGUUCGCGGUAGGAUGCCCAACUCCGCUGUGUGGGCCAGGGAAGAGUUCUUGUCGGUCCCGACGUGGUCAGGAUUUUGG